AUGACCCCAUUCACUCACCUAUAUGGCUUAUUGAGACGCCUGCUGAUGUUUCUUAGCGUAGUCGUACUGGCGGGUGGUUCUGCCGUUCUUUGUCUUGGUCUAUGGUUAAAAUAUGGCGCAGUCGCUUUUAUAGAGGUCAUGGGCUCAUCCUCCUCGCGGCUAGUGGGCGUGAGCUAUAUUUGCAUGGGAGUGGGCGGAGCUCUGUGUCUCCUCGGCGUGAUUGGCUACUGCGGCGCAUGGAAGGAAAGCCGAUUGUUGCUUAUGCUGUAUUUCAUCAUAAUCUCAAUGAUGGUCGUUGGACAGAUCAUUGGAAUCAUUUUUGUGCUGAUCUAUAAAGCGCCAGUGAUCAUGCUGCUCAAACAGGCCGGGAAGGAAUCUUUAACAGCGGCAUACGUGGGUCCCGGUGCCAGUGAUCCCAUCUCUACUGCCUGGAACACCAUCUUUACAACUUACAAAUGCUGUGGAUUUGAGAACUCCACUGAAGACUUCGAGAGUUCUCUGUUCAGUGCCAACACAGGACUACUCUACCCGAGGACCUGCUGCGUGGAUAUGACCUCAUCAGACUGCGACGGACUCAACACCACUCAGAGCCUGCUGCAUUCUGAGAGCUGUAUGGAGAAACUGGUUGGUAUGUUUGAGGAAAAGAGUGUGCGUUUUGGUUACAUAGCGGCUACAGUGGGCAUCGUGGAGUUGGCGUCUAUGUUCGUCUCAGUGAUGCUGUUUAUAAGACUGACUGCAUUUCUGUUUGUAUGA